AGCGGCCAGUAUUGUGCUGGCGUUGAACUGCAAUGGCGGAGACAAUGAAGUUGAGUGGAAGUCAUGCUCCUCGUAAUGAAUCCAGGGAAAUGUCCAGCUACAGUGACUGUAUGUGUGUGAUACUGAAGUUGCUUGCAGACUUCGGGAAAGAGCUCAAAUUAAAUGAUGCCGCUCUGAAAAUAGAAGUCAACAUUGACGCCGUGGAUCUUCCAUCAUCUCCAGAUGCACAUGUGUACAACUCUUUGCAGGGGCAUAUCACUAAAUUACAGGCUGUUUCAGAAAACCUAAAGACAUUGGUGGAUGGUUAUACAACAUCUACAAAAGACAACACAUCAGAUGAUGCUGUUGCCUCAUCGUCACUCAAAGAGCAGAUGGUCACACCGUCUCAGCACCAUCCUCCCAGCUCAGAGGCCGCAGGAAGCAAUUCAGUGGUUGAUGACGUCAUGGUUCAGAUCAGAGCCAGGAAGUCAGAGAUUGAGCGAAGAAUAUCUGCAUUUAUGGAACGAAAGCAGAUGGAGAUCAAUGAAAACAAUGUGCGCGAGUUUUGCAACGUGAUCGACUGCAAUCAGGAAAACAGCUGUGCCAGAACAGAUGCAGUUUUCACUCCUUAUCCAGGUUUUAAAAGCCACGUGAAAGUUACGCGGGUGGUUAACACUUACGGACCUCAGACUCGCGGCGGGGGAGGCCAAGGAGAGACUGGGGAGCAGCAGAGGGGGCCAAUGGCAAGAGACUGCGGAAAUGCAGCGAUAGAAGAACGACUCCACAACAUUGAGACUCACCUGAAACUUCCAACAGCAGGCCCAGUUCCACUGAGUGUCUACCAGAGACUAAAGAAACUGGAGGAUCGUAUCCUGGAGUUAGAGGGACUCUCACCCGAGUACUUUCUGUCCACGAGUCACCUGCACAAGCGACCAAAGACUUCCCCUGCUCAGGCAUGCAGUCUGACAGAGCUGGAUGAGAAGAUCAGUGUAGUGAAAGCGGCACUACUGAAGAGGGUGAAUGAAUUCGGGCCUGGUUAUGGAUAAAGAGUGUCCACUGUCAAAUACCCACAAACCAAUGCUCAAAACACACUGUCUAUUAAUGCUUUCUAGCAUGAGUGGUUUCUUUUCGUAUUCCUCAGUUCUUCGUUAGCACCAUUUACGCAAUUUGCGAUUAAAAACACAAACAUUUUAUUUGACCUUUAUUUCAGGGUCAUUACAGACAGAAAAACUGUAUUCCUCAAAAUAGUUUUGUUAAUAAAUAAGAUAUUAUUGCUUCUUAAAUAAAGGUAUUUUUCCUUUAUGAAA